AUGGGAAAAAGGAAUGCGGUGAGAAACGUCAGUCAAUUGGUGUGGAAUAGGAACGCAUGUGGUUCUUCGCUGUACAAUAGAUAUCGGUUCGAAAAGAUGACUGCCAGCGGUACGAUGAAGAAAUAUGUCCUUUGGUUUGCACAAGAGCAUGUAGACUUCAGGCAAGCGGAAAUCGCUUCCCUGAUGCGGAUAUGGAACAUACAAAUGAACACACCGGCCAAUCACAACCCGGAACGACCUUUCUGGGUGGUAGAAAUGCAAAACAAUGAUGCAGCUCGCAAGCUUGCAUCCCGUUCAAUGUCACUGCGCUGUAUAUUCGAACUGUGGGCACAUUCUGACCAGGGUCUGGCACACUUUCACGAAACACUACGGGCACACAUUGAAACGCACCGAAAAUCGCUGGCGUCCCAUUUCGAGGCAACCAAAUCGUUCAAAAUAACGGUGGAAACGUACAACAAACACUUUAGCCAGAAGGACAAGGUAGCGAAAAUCGAAACGAUGCAGUACCUACCGGUGGAAGGGCCCGUUAAUUUGAAAACACCGGAUGUGCACUACUGGUACAUUGAGUUUUGGGGCUUGGAUCCGAUGAACGUGCCGGAACAUCCGCACGAUGUACUGUUUGGCCGAUGGAUAGCGGAUGGGAAGCGUGAUAUGAUUAAUGAAAUAUCGUUGAAAAAUCGUAAAUUUAUCGGAAACACUUCGAUGGAUCCGCAGCUGUCGUUGCUGAUGGCAAACCAAGCGUUGGUAUGUAGUGGUGAUCUUGUGUUGGAUCCGUUUGCCGGUUCAGGUUCGCUGCUUGUUGCUGCGGCAAAGUUUGGAGCGUAUGUGAUUGGGGCCGACAUUGACUACAUGAUUGUGCACGGGAAAUCGAAACCGACGCGUGUGAAUCAGAAGAUCCGUGCGGAGGAUGAAAGUAUCUACGCGAAUCUGCAGCAGUACGGCUGCGGAGGUCUUUUCGUUGAUGUAGCGAUAGCGGACUUUUCACGUAGCAUUUGGGCGGAAAGCAUGGUCUUUGACAGUAUUAUCACGGAUCCUCCAUACGGCAUUCGUGAAGCCACGGAACGGAUUGAGUUUAAAACGCAGCGAAGAGCGACCGCCAUGACGGAGGAUGCGGUACACUAUCCCUCUACCUCACCGUACCAGCUGUGCCAGAUGUACAAGGAUUUGCUUCAAUUUUCCGCUCGACAUCUAAAGCUCGGUGGACGGCUUGUUUGUUGGUUUCCUAUGUUGAGGAAAGAUCUUGAUUCCGAUGUGCUGCCACGCCACAAGUGCCUUCAACUGGUGGCAAACUCCGAACAGCCACUAUCGGGGUACAGUUCUCGGCGAUUGCUAACGUACGAGAAAAUCUCCAACAGUGAAUCCGAUCUGAACGCAUUCGAAAUGCCCGACAAGGUCGUUGAAAACUUCCGACAGCGUUACUUCACCCAGCUGGCUGAGGAUAAUGGCACGCGAAAGGAACGCAGGUUGGCGUUGCGUGAGGUAGGACGCAACGAGGCAAAGAAACGGGGCAAACAACAGCAACCGGAUGGAAAGUGGCGUUACGCACAAGAAACGCCGGAUGGAAAUUAG